UUCAAUUGCUCCACAAUACGGAUCCAGCAGUCCCACACUACACUAACCCUUCUCCCAAACACCCCCCCAACCCAUUUGGCCAUUUUGCCUCCGGUGCUCUGCUAUUCUUUCCUCGCCGUUGCUCUCCAGUCUCCGCCGUCAGUGACAGCGAAGCUCCAGGCUUCUCGAACCAGGGGGAUGGAAGAAGAGCUCGAUAAAUCAAGAAGUGGUAGCGUUUUGGAUAGGGACGAUGAUGAUGAUGAUGAUGACCUGCCAAUGCUUAGUUCCCAUGCUCUAGCGGCUCUUAAAGAGUUCAUCGAAGAACAGAACCAGUUAAAUGUUGAAAAGCACAGUGAAGAAACCGGACAUGAAGAAAGUGGCGAGAAGGUGACCUUAGUAGCUGAAGAUUGGAGGCUCAGCCAAUUCUGGUACGAUCCUUUAACCGCAGAGACCGUUGCCAAAGAGGUUAUUGCUUUGCUAGGCAACAACUCCAAUCCCAGUUCUCGAGUUGCUUGCAUCGCGUGCCCUACUCUCUAUGCCUAUAUUAAGAAAAUUAAACCGAAUGUUUUUGUGCAAUUGUUGGAAUAUGACAAAAGAUUUGAACAAUAUGGAAGUGAUUUCACGUUCUAUGAUUACAAUCAACCUGAAGAGUUGCCUUCUGAACUGAAGCAGGCUUUCCAAGUUGUAGUUGCUGAUCCUCCUUACCUGAGUAAGGAGUGUUUGGAAAAGGUUACUGAAACAAUUUCGUUUCUCGCAACACCUGAAAAAUCCCACUUGCUUCUGCUCACUGGGGAGGUGCAGAGAGACAGGGUUGCUGAGCUCUUAGGCUUGCAUCCAUGUGGUUUUAGGCCUCGACACUCCAGCAAACUGGGGAACGAGUUUAGGCUGUUCACAAGUUAUGACCCUGGAAUGAGAUUGGGAGGGUGGGAGCUGGAGUAAUAUAUGCGGAUCUUCUUGAAUAUGGUGAGCUAAUGACAUUAUUACUUGAAACUGAAAAAUUCCAGGUUCAAAGUUUUACUCUGGAUUAGUUCACCUUAUAGGAGAAAGAUCAGACCACAAUUUGAUGCUGAGUCUUUUGUCAUGGGAAGCAAGAUUGUGGAUGGAGUUUUUCCUUGUCAGUUUGUAGUGAUGUGUUAUGAAUGUUCCUUUUUAGUGAUGUAGGUGCAUUCCACAUAUUUCCAUUAUCAGUCUUUGGCCCUCAAGUGUCUUUAGGUUCCAUUUUUUUUUUGUUUGCCUUUCUGUCAUCAGUCAGAUUUGAUUUGUAAUGUAGAAUUUUAAAUUUAUUUGUAAGCAAAACAUUAAGAACAUAGAAUGUCUCAAGCUUUCUUAAAUUAGAAUUUGGUUAGAUCUUUCACAGCA